AUGCCACUUUGCCAUCGCAGGGCUCGGACCCAGUCGGUGGUUCUUCGAAUGCUGGGUUAUAUGGAGGAGGAUGGAUCUGAACGAUCAGAUGUGUUGCGCAAAGUCUCGAUCCCAAUUGUUUCUCGGGACAAAUGCCAGGUGGCAUAUCCAAGUUCUAACAUCACGGAGAUCAUGUUCUGUGCCGGCACAGGUGGUAAGGGUUCCUGUGACUACGACAGUGGAGGUCCUGUCAUUGAUCAGGCCAUCGGGGAAGUGGUUGGUCUUGUGUCCUGGGGAAACGGCUGUGCCAGGUCUGACUACCCUGGCGUAUAUGUUAGGGUUGGUAACUACGUAGAGUACAUUACCAGUUCCUGGUGGAAUGCUUAA